AUGGACCCAGAAAAGGUUACAGACGACGGAACCCAUGAUUUGAAGCCCCGUCGAUUGGGCUGGUACAGGAGGGAAAAUCACGACUAUUACCGUUAUGCUGUGGACGACGAUGGGAUUAUCCAGAAAAUCAUCGAUGUUCCCAAUGCUGAAGAGGUGUAUGUCAAUCUAUAUCGGCUUCCUGUCGCAGCCACAGAUACUGAGAUCGAGGUAGAAGCCCUCGAGUGCGGGCGAAAACCCCCCCACCCCAAAAAGGAGCCCUCAAACGAAGGGACGAAAGAACUGCUAGUCCAGGUCGGCUCCGUCGCAGCUGCCGAGGUGAGAGAAGCUACGCCCGUCACUUUCAAAUUUUCCGCAGCUGCCCCGAAGUACUUGUUGGACAAGUCAAAACGAACAAGCCCCAUCGUUGGCGACACCUAUGGACCGACAAAGCUACAGACUGUUUCGUUUAGGUCGCAUACAAGCGAAGGGGAAACUGCUUGGUAUUACAGCCAAUCACCGGUUAACUUGGAGGUUCCUCUCCCCGAAACACCGAUUCCAAGAAUUCUAGGGACGGUAUACAUCCAUAGAAGUACCAAAGAUGGAGGAUAUCAGAUUUGGGUAUGGUUCAAUCGGGAUGGGAAGGGGCUUGGAUGGCAACCUGUGGACCUGAAUAAUGAACAGGUGGCGCAUCCCAAAAUUGCAGAACGGUCAUUGAAGUUGACUGCAACGGGUAAGCCAAGCUGGGUCCUCAAUAGCACUUUGACAACGUAUCGUUCGCGAAGCCUGAAGAGAUCCGGGUCACGUCCAGUCGAAGACUCAGGUAGUGUGAGUGGUGCGAAAUAG